AUACACGUUACAUUUCCCCUUUACGUUUCUAUAUUAUUUGUUGCAACUCACAGGUGGCGCCCUGCAAUUUCAUCAUUUCUUUUACCCUAAAUUCGUAAAUAUUUACGAAAUUCUCAUACAGAAAUUGAACAAAAAUCGGUUUGCUUGCGUGUUGAUUAGACGUUCUCUGAUUGAUCCGACACGAAUGUAGGCCGUGGGAAAAGUGAGUAACCAGUAGAGCGUGAACGAACUAAUAUGAGGUAGUGCUAAAAAUACCGUGCAUGAAAAACUGCUGCGCAUUUUUGUUUGCGUGUAAGGUCAUCGCUAUUAUAUAAUCACUAUAAAAUAGAAAAGCCUAAUGUCGCAAACAUUGCCCGCCACUCCACCGCCACCAGCUCUUGAUCCGCCAAGCAUUGCUAAGAAAUAUCUGCCGCCGCCCAAACAACAACAAUUGCCAACAUGUACCUGGGCACUGGAAUAUCCCGAGUUACAAAAAGCGUGUUUUCUGGCACGGGUAUGUGAGGACACGGCUCCACAACAUUGUCAGCUUCGCAAAGUGACCACUAUUCUACAAGAAGGGCCCACCUGUGGUCUAACUGCGUUAAGCAUGCUUUUGAAUGGUACACCAAAUCCUAGCGAACUCUUACAGAUUGCUAGGAAGCUUGGCUAUACAAACAAUGGCGAAAUGUUUAGUGCACAAAACUUUUUUCAACUUAUUUGUGAUACUCUAAAAUCGGCAAAUUCUUCUAUAGCCGAAGUGAUAAAAACAACAAAAGCCACAACGAAUAAUACAUCGGCCAAUGAAUGCCAUAUUACGUUGGCGGCAGCGCAUUGCGAGUUACACCAAGGCCAACUUGACUGUGCCAAGGUCAGAUCAGCAUUGCAGGCGGGUGCUUGCAUUUUUGUACCGUAUCCUUUACGUAAGAGUCUUAAAAUACGCGUAUACACAUUCUAAAUGUGGAACAUGUGAGGGUCUAAGCGAUGUGUCGUGCGUGUACAGAUUACUGACCUUUUUCAAACAUACAAAUAAGUACAUGUUUAAAAUAUUCUUGAUCGCUCAAAUGUGUUUUGAUAAAAUAAAACUGCUAAUUAUCUUUAGUUAAUACCGGAACAUUGUAUAGUCCUAGAUUUAUACAAUGUACCGGAAUGGCACGUCUGCUUUCGCUAAAUAUGUCUAACACAUAAUCUAACCGAUAUCUGAGCGAACAACUUUUAAUAAACAGCUGAUUUGUGACAACCUUCUGACAGUUCAUUUGACAUUCCAAAAGGUCCGUUUGACGUUUGCGCGUUUCUUAAGUUGCUUUAUUUGGUGUGAUUAAAUUUUAUUUAGUUUGAAUUAAUCUAUAAUACUUUAUUUAUUAAAACGUAACAUUUGUAUAAAAUGGCAACAGAAGAAGAGCAAAUACAGGUACUGCCGGUCAAGGAGCCGCUCGACUUGAUUAGACUUAGCUUGGAUGAAAAAGUGUAUGUAAAGAUGCGAAAUGAACGCGAACUACGAGGACGUCUUCAUGCGUUCGAUCAACAUUUGAACAUGGUGCUAGGCGAUGCUGAAGAAACAGUAACUACUGUAGAAAUUGAUGAAGAAACUUAUGAGGAAGUAUAUAAAACCACAAAACGAACAAUUCCAAUGCUUUUUGUGCGUGGAGACGGUGUAAUUUUGGUGUCACCCCCCAUGAGAGUAGGCUAAAGCAAAUGCUUAAAACUUAGAAUGUAAUCAUGUAAUUAAAUAAAAUAAAUAUGUGCUUAACAGUCAAAAGUUAAAAA